GCUGGCUUAGACGGCUCCUACAGAAGCCCAAGGCCCGCUCGGUGGAGAGCAGCCUCGACCCCAACCGCUCUGCUUCGUCCUCGCCUUCCUCCUCUUCCUCCUCUGCCGAGAGCUCCGGCUCCUCUCCCAGCCUGAGCUCGGCCAGGUCCAUCCGCCUGGUGGACAUCCGCGCCUCGGGCGGCGCCCGCUGGACCAAGAGCUACGACGUCUGCGUCUGCCACAGCGAGGUGGACCUGGAGCUGGCGGAGGAGCUGGUGUCCUACCUGGAGGGCCAACCCGAAAGCUUCCGUUGCUUCCUCCAGCUGCGGGACGCGGCGCCGGGGAGCGCGGUGGUGACGGAGCUGUGCGGCGCCGUGCGGAACAGCCACUGCUGGGUCCUGCUGGUCACCCCGGGCUUCCUCGGCGACCCCUGGUGCAAGUACCAGAUGCACCAAGCGUUGGCCGAGGCGCCCAUGGCCAACGGGCGCACCAUCCCGGUGCUGAAGGACGUGGAUCGGAAGGAUUAUCCGGUGGAGCUGCGGAGCCUCUACUACAUCUCCGUGGCGCGGAAGGAGAGCGGCUUCAGGCAGAUCAGGGACACCGUGGUGCGCUACCUCCAGGAGCUGUGCCGGAGCUCCGCGAGCGGGACGGAGUAG